GCUCAGCCGGAAAUAUCGGAAAGGAUGGCCGUCAUCAGAAAUGUUAUACUGGGGUAACGAGGGACGUUGACAUCUGGAUUUUCAUGAACCAACACUUCCAUUGAGCGGCAUCCCAACAGAGAUCCAGAAGGUCCAAGUCGCUGCUCACCUCCGUCAUUCAUCGCUCCGUGUCCAACCACUCCCUGUCACACGCCCGUCUUACACACAAAGUCACCCAAAAAUGUCCAGAUACGACACCCCUAACAUCGACCUCAAGUCGGGCAUCUCCGCCGACGAGAAGGAACAUCUCUACAAGCAUGUUGUAUGGGAAGGAGCACAAGCUGCUGCCGUAGGCGCCGCGGCUGCCGGUGGAGCUACUUUGCUGGGAAACAAGUUUUGGCCGGCGUUUAGGCAACUUCGUCUACCGUUUAAGACAUUCUUGAUCCUUGGUAUUACGACCGGAACCUUCUUCACAGUGGCAGACCGCGCAUCCAUACGCGUAUCCCGCAUGGUAGCCGCCCGCCGAACGCAUACCGGUGAAGCCCAAGUCGAGGACGCGGAUCACCCCGUCAUCAAACCGAUUGUUGGCGUGCGGGAAUGGCUGAUCAAGGAGCGAUACCCACUUGUCUUCGGAUUGUGGUCGGGCACGAUGACCGCCGCGUUACUGUACAACUUCAGGAGGGUAGACAUCACGCGAGCACAAAAGAUCAUCAACUCCCGUAUGGUUGCGCAGACGUUUGCAUUGGCUGGACUAGGUGGCAUUGCAGCUCUCGCUGCGACCGACCCAUAUGAGAAGCAAGUUGACCAGAGCUUUGAGCGUAUCCUCCACCAAGCAGAGUUGCACCAGAAGCAAGAAGAUGCCGCGAAAAAGCACUGAAGAACGCACUUUCUAAGCACUGAAGAACGCGUUCGACGGAAACGUUAAGGGCUCGCAACCCCUUUUGCGGUUGCAAGAUCUCAUUAUCAUUGAUUGUGGAGUAGCGCAAGCCUCUAUACCAAUACAUGGCGAACUACAGAGCAAAAUUUACGUCGAAGGGAAGGGUGCUUUCUCUAAUGACAGGAUCUG